AUUCAAUAUUCGACCGAGUUGAACAACCAUUUUGGAAAAUUAUAGAAAAAUUUAAUGAAAAAGGUCGAAAAAUGCGUAAAGCUUGUAAAUAUAUUGAUGAUUAUAUAUACAAGAUGAUAAAUAAUCAUAAAUCCGAUCUUAAAAUUGGGAAAGAAAUAGACAACAAUUUGUUAACUUUGCUUAUUAAUGCUGUCGAUGAAAAUGGUAGAAAAUUUAAUGAUAAAGAGUUGAAAGAUGUCAUACUUAAUCUUAUUGUUGCUG